UCUCUCUCUCUCUCUCUCUCUCUCUCUCUCUCUCUCUGUCAGCAGCAGCUGUUAAUAGAAAGCCUGCUGUAGUACAUUUACGUUCACACAGAGAGGUGGGACUCGAACCUGGGACCAUGUCUCCGCUGCAGCUGUCUGUCUACUGGCGCCUGUCUGUCAUCUUCGUCUUCACCUCCUUCCUCUUCUUCCUUGACAUUUUCACCACCGCCAUCGCUGUGGACACUUGUAGCCAUGGUAACGGUAGCGGCCGGGACACUUUGAAAGCAGAGAUCAACCAAUCAGGGCCCGGGGACGAAUCAGAGGGCGAAGCGGAUUGGAGGACGGAGAACCGGCACCGAGACUCAGUGUGUGGCUGGACAGACUGGUUGUCCUAUGGUCAGACUGUGUUCAUGGUCGGCCAGCUGCUGGGCUCUCUGAUUGGAGGAGAAGUAUCUGACCGGUAUGGGAAGCGUCCAGUGCUGCUGGUGUGUGUGUGCGUGCACGCUCUGUGUGGCCUCGUGCCCGCCGUGCUUCCUCAGCCACUCGUCUUCCUCGCUGUCCGCUGCCUGACCGGUGUCUGCUGCUGCUGCAUCAACACGUGCUCCUUCAGCCUGGCCGUGGAGUGGACGCCCCCUGCUGCUCGGCUCUGGCCGCCGGCCGUCCUGCCCUUCUGCUUCAGUGUGGGGACGAUGGUGGGCGCUCCUCUGGCCUGGCUCAGUCCCACCUGGACCCACCUGCACCUGUCGCUGGCUCUGCCGCAGCUCGUCUGUCUGCCGCUCUACUUUUCAAUCCCAGAGUCUCCUCGCUGGUUGUUGUUGAAGAGGAAGAUGGACGUUUUGGACCGUUACCGUAGCAACAGCCCUGCAGAUAAACAGUGUCUGGACCUGCUGUUGCACUCGUCCUGCUCUGACCUGCAGCAGAAACCCAUCGAGGUUCAGAAGGAGGAGCCACACACAGGCCCAGCCCCCAGUGACAUCAUCCACCUCCGACACCCGACCAUCCUGCUCAGACUCCUGAUCAUGAGCUACCUGAGUGCGGCUUCAGCUCUGACGUACUUUGGCAUCUGUAUGAACAUCGGCUCCUUCGGCGUCGGCGUCUACUCCGCCCAGUUCUUCUCCGGCCUAUCAGAGGCUCCCUGCCUGCUCGUCCCAUUGGUCCGCCUGGGGCGACGGCCAAUCACCAUGCUCGCCCUCUUCCUGAGCGGAGCGGCCUGCUUCAUGUCGUUACUGCUGUCCAGAUAUAACGGUGAAAACCGACUGACCAACUAA